CGAGGAACACCGGCUGGGUCAGGCAGGAGUACUAUCUCACUCCAACUGACCCAGGUUCCAAUCCCAAUCAGCUGAGUGGCUUUGUUCUCUGCCGCAUGAAGAAUAAGUCAACUGACAGUCUGAUAAUAAGAAGCAGCAGGAUGGUUCAAUCUGUGCUGAAUCAGCUGAUCCUGGUAUUGCUGGCUGCAUGGCCUCUAAUUCUGAGCUUGAACAAGCUGCUGAAAUUCAUCUGAUUUCGGAGGCAGAAGAACAUCUGACAUACAAAGAGCUAGAACAUGUUCUCCUCGGAAGUGGCAAUCAGAACGAUGGUGAACCUGGUGGCUUUGUUUCAUCUGAUUUUGAUGAUAUGAUUCAAGAGCUAUGUGCUAAGGGAGGAGAAUAUCUGGAUUCACCUUCUCCUCCCGAGCGGCCUCACCAACACCAGCUACCUCAGCUGGGAAAUGUUCCUGUUACUAGUGAUUACAUCGGCUCUUAUUCUAAUAACCAAGCUGCUGCUAUCAAUCAUAUGAUUCCACACCCAGAAGAUUUUCUGGCCUACAAGGAGCUAGAACAUGUUCUUGGCACUUGCAAUCCUGAUGCUGGUGAACCUAGUGGCUGUGUUUCAUCUAAUAUGCUUCAAAAGUUAUGUGCUCAGCUAGGAGAAGAGCUGGAUUCACCCAUUCCUCCUCCCGGGCCACCUGAGCUGGGAAAUGCUCCUUAUGUCUAUAUUGAUGAAUGCAGUAGCUGGCCAUCUCCAAUUGGGGAUAAUGAUUCUUCUCUUCCAAACAAGAAUAGUAUUCCGACCAACUAUGACAGUAAACCAGUUAGCAACACCGCCUCUAAUUUCGAGAAUCAAACUAGGAUUUCAGAGGUUUAUUCUCAAGCAGAAGAAAAUCUGGAAUCGUUCUUUUGUCAAUUUGAGCUAGAGGGAGAUUUUCUGCAUGCCAAUAACUAUAUUGGAUGCAACGAUCUGCGACUCUUUUCCCACAAAGUUCUUGAAUAAAAGAAACAUCAUAAACUCUUUUCAAUGACUACAACAUACCAAAAUCAUUGGAAAGGGUUUAUGACGGGUGUGGGAGCGAUUUUCGUUCCCAAAGAAUAAGGAGUAAAAGACCACACCCUGCAAAACAUUACGGAGUAAAAGACAAUACAGAGUAGAAGACCACACCCGGGGGUGUUGGCCAAAGACCCUUCGAUGCCUAAGUUAGGCCGAGUGUUUGUAGGAAAAUAAUAGUUGACAAAAGGAUGAAGAUUUCUUUAGGGGGGUGUUGGCUAAAGACCCUUCGAUGCUUAAGUUAGGCCGAAUGUUUGUAGGAAAAGAAUAGUCAACAAUAGUCAACAAUAGUCAACAAAUGGAUGGAGAGUAGACCCUUCGAUGCCUAAGUUAGGCCGAGUGUUUGUAGUCAAUAAUAGUCAACAAUAGUCAGCAAAUGGAUGGAGAUUAGACCCUUCGAUGCCUAAGUUAGGCCGAGUGUUUGUAGGAAAACAAUAGUUAACAAAAGGAUGGAGAUUUCUUUAGGGGGGUGUUGGCCAAAGACCUUUCGAUGCCUAAGUUAUCUCCGUAGAUAUUUUGCUUCCUCAAGUGGAUGCCACAGUGACGCUGACACUGAAGUACUCCAUGGAAAGAUUAUUUGUAUUAGCUAUUGGAGAGAAACACAACAUUUUAUUUAUAGGAGAUUAUCAAAGGGGACUUAUAAACCACAAGAGCCCUUGUAAGAAUCUCCUACAAAUAAUUCAACUGUGUUGUGUAAAACACUCACACUUGUCUAGGCUUUGGAAACUUGUUCGUAGUUACUAGUCUGUCACAGACGACAAGUUACUAGUCUGUCACAGACGGCAAGUCAGCAAUAGAUUUUCCAGUCUAGGGACCACAGUCGGUCAAAUUAGCCCUAAUUAUCAGUCUGCCUUAGUUUCCAGUUAUGAUCCUUUUGAGAUCAGUACACAAAUCACUCAGUUGCCUAGUCCUCUGCGAAAGUCAUCUCCCUAUGCCCCAAAAGAUAAAACCCAUCUUUUCAUUAUUGAGUCAGUUCUUGAUAAUCUUUCUGAUCCAGUUGCCAUAGCAAAACACUACUUCCCUCCUAAUUUCCAUUUCAUGCCCCAAAGUCCGUAUAAAUCUCUUAAAUAUUAUAGAGACAUUCUCAGUGAAACUCAGUCAGUUGAAAUUAUAAGCCUGUUAAAGAUCGCAAUCAGCCCCACAUCAUACUAUACCAUUCCUUAUACAUCCACCAGAUCUUAAGCCAAGAAAAUUGGGGAAAGCAUCCCUAUGAUCUAAAAACUCUCCAGUCGAACCUCCAAUAUUGCCAUGCUGAUUACAUUGAAGCAUGGUACACAAUUUUCCUCCAUCAAACAGUUGAUUUUAGUCAUUCUUGGUUCAUUAAUUUUGACAGUAAAUUCAAUAGUCCUUUUCCCUUUUGGUUCCUCCAUUGGUGGGAAAAGCAUGGUCCAGUUGCUGAAAUUCUUCCCCCCCAAAUUCAUGAGUUGAUCAACUACUUCUCCCAAAAAUAUAAAUUCAAAAAGUCAGAAUUAUUUUUCCCAAAUUCUCUCAUUUUCAUUGCCAGGUACAAAGUCCCCUGGAUAUUAAAAUGGUCCUAUCAUGUUAAUUGGGAAUCCAGAAUCCUAUCUCGCCAAUUUUCAGUCAAAUGGUGGGAUAAAUUCAAAGUUGAAAGAAUUGCAGAUUAUGUCUACAGAGAUUUUUCUCCAAUUGCUGAUCCUCCAAAAUCAAGGCCUUCUUCUUCCGGUACCUCCAAUACUUCCACUUCAGUUGAUGGAAAAUCUAAAUCCGAGCUUCAGGAAUUGGCCAGACAGUUGAUUAUUCGAGCCUCCCAAAUGGAUGAUGAUGAUGAUGAUGCCACCCCAAAAUCACAGUCGGCAAGGGUUAUGUCUCUUUGAUGUGUGUGUAACCCAAAAAAAGAAAGAAAAUGUGUCCCAGCAUCCCCAAAAUUAGAAAGAAAGACCAGCAAAUGAAGAUGGUUGAAAUGUUAUCAGAACUCUCUACCCUUCUCUGAAUGCAAUGAGUACAGACGAAGUAAAGAUGUCUUUUCUCAGAAGCAGUCUUUUGGAGAUGGUAGUACUUCCUCUUAUCAAGACAAACUACAGAUAUUCCUCAGAUCAGUAGUCUUCUUCAACUAGUAUAUCUAUCCUACAACUAGCCUUAACUCACGUCUUCACUGAACACAUGGGAGGUGCUCCGAGAAGAAUCCGAGUGCAGGGUAGUAUCACAAGACAAGGUCUGGGAAGCUGCAGCUCAUUGUAUCGUCGUUCAUACUGUUUAAAGCAGGCAUGGAAUGGGCAGCUGGCAUCAAAUGCAAGGGUUCUUUUACUUUCCUGGAAGCAUCUCCUUCAUGCCAUAAACCAAGUCCUCCCAUGGUACUAUAACAGGCUUGGUUUUGUUCCACGGUUGCUAUCAUUAUAGAAGUGGCGCUAUACAGAAGCUUCUGCUACAUGGCUGCUGGAGUCUCAGUUUAAUAUGUUACUUGUCAUGGAUUUGUGAGUACUUUAAAGAAAUUCUUGACUUGUAUGCUCCUCUUUCCUUGGCUUUACCACACCAUGCAGAUUCAAAUGCUUUGGUCAUUGGAGAAGCAAUAAAUUUUGUCUUUGGGAAGUAAUUUAACAGAUUUUUUGAUAGAUUUAAGGAUAAAGUUUAAGUGAGACACUAAAACUAGUUUCAUGAGACAAGAUAGUCAUUUCAAAGGCAAGUGAGACAAACUAUUGAAUUGAAAAUAAGAAUCCCUCUUAAGUCUUAACAGAUUAUUGCACAAACUAUACUCAGAUCAUAUAAGCUUACGGUGUGUGUCCGUAGAAAAGUUUAUACAAAAUUUAGAGAAGGCUGGCAAGGAUGGGAAGAGGUCAAGCCCCUGCUUGAAAGAAUUAAAGAAGCUGACUGUGUCAUUGAGGGCCUGGAUAAAGUCAUCAAUAUCCUCGACAGUGUCGUAUGAGUGAAGACUUGCCCGUGCACUCGCACUCACUCCUAAAUGCCGAUGAAGGGAUUGCGCAUAAUGGUAACCUGAUUGGAUAGCCAUUUCUUGCUGGGAUCACAUAACUCAGUAUGAGCUAUUUUAUUAAAUCUCAUUUAUGUUCCUUCCAUACCUGUUGGUCAAGAAAAGUUGCCAGAUAUGUAGGGUGUAUAUUUUCGAUGUUGAAAGAACACAGAGCAGUGCAGAAGACGUGUUCUGAGGGGGCUGUACGAUAAAUGCGAACAUCAGG